UCCCUCUCUCUCUCUCCCUCUCUCUUGCUCUCUCAUUGUUUCCCACACUGACUCCGUCGCCGCCGGGCUCGGUAUCGGCUUGACUAAUGACCAGUCAGUCUCUUGGAUGAAAAGAGCGCAAAGUAAAACCCUUUCUCUCCCGAGACCCACAACUUUGGUCGCCGCGUCCGCGCAUUGGUGAGGAAACAGGAUCCCUAUUUGUGUUUUUGAAUUUCCUUGUGCGUGGAUCAGUGUCGAGCAGACGCGGAGGAAGAAGAUAAAGUGUCCGCUAAUGAGGAUGAGAGUUCAAGUCAAGUGAGCCGGCAGAUUGGACCUUUAAAGCUUCUUAACGCGAGCGGUCGGAGGAACACGACGCGAGUAUGCGCCGUGCGUGCGUCUGAGCGCAUGUGCCUUCGCCGGUGGAAACCCAGCCUGUGCCCAGCAGCGGGGGAGGAAGAUCAGGUGUGUGCGGGUGCGAGGGGCCGCGGCUCGAGCGGGGACGGAGUCGCUUGUGCUUUCAAUGCACCGGACGCGAUGAAGUGACUCUACGGGAGUUUCAGGGGUUUCGAACCGCAGAGGAGCGGAGCCGGAGGGACGCAGGCAGCGAGGAGGAGGAGGAGGAGGAGGAGGAGGAGGGGGGCAGCGCCACCGCCAAGGCGCACAACGCCGUUCCCAAUCCCCUGACGCAGGGAUGGAGAGCUCGAGGACGCACGGGGUAAUACGCCUCGAGCCUUUAAACCACAGGGGAGCGAUCAGUGGGAAGUCGGGCAUGACGGCGGAGCGACGCAGGGGACACCUGCACCUGCCGCGGACGCUGCUCGUGCUCGCCGCGCUCGCGCUGCAACCGCAGGCCGCUCGUGCCGUGGGCAUGUUCGAGCUCCAGAUCCGUCACUUCCAGAACCCGCUCGGCCUCCUGCAAAGCGGGAGCUGCUGCGACCACCAGGCCGACGGGGGCCAGCGCUGCUCGGCCGCCGACCAGUGCGACACCUACUUUCGCGCCUGCCUCAAGGAGUACCAGACCCGGGUGGUUCCCACCGGCCCGUGCACCUUCGGGUCGGGCAGCACCGGGGUCCUGGGGGGGAACUCCCAGUCGCUGCGGCACCGAGGACACGACGUGGGAGGAGGCGACGACGGCUCUAAUGGACACAUUGUCAUUCCUUUCAAAUACGCCUGGCCGAAGUCCUUCUCUCUGGUGUUGGAGGCUUUGGAUCGCGACAACGACACAUCAGAAGCAGGUCAGCUGAUUGAGCGCUUCCUCCUCUCCUCCAUGUUGAACCCUGGCGAACAGUGGCAGACCAAAAGUCAACAUGGCCGCGCCCUCAGCCUGGAGUACCGGCUUCGCUUUCGCUGCGCCUCCAACUACUACGGGCCUCUGUGCAACAAGCUCUGUCGGGCCCGCGAUGACUUCUUCGGUCACUUCAUCUGCGACGCCAGCGGUUCCAAAGUCUGCAUGGAAGGCUGGACGGGGCCUGAAUGCGAAGAAGCUGUUUGCAGACAGGGGUGUCAUCCGGUUCACGGCUUCUGUUCUGUACCUGGAGAAUGCAAGUGUCAUUACGGCUGGAAGGGGUCUCUGUGUGACCAGUGUGUGACCUUCCCCGGCUGUGUGUACGGGAGCUGCACCGAGCCCUGGCAGUGUGUGUGUGAUAUCAACUGGGGAGGACUCCUCUGUGACAAAGAUUUGAACUACUGUGGGACUCACCAGCCCUGUAAGAACGGCGGCACCUGCACCAACACCGAGCCCAACGAGUACAAGUGCGAGUGCCAGGAAGGUUUCAGGGGACGCAACUGCGACAUCGUUGAACAUGCCUGUUUGUCGUCUCCAUGCACGAACGGAGCCACUUGUGUUGAAAACCCAAACGGCUUUAGCUGCAUCUGUGCUGACGGCUGGACAGGACAGACCUGUGCUGAUGAGGUGAGGCAGUGCGAUCGGAGCCCCUGUGGCCACGGAGGAACCUGCCAGGAGGCGCCUGGAGGCUACCGCUGCCUCUGCCCGCCUGAAUGGAGCGGCCGCACAUGUCAGCUGGACAAAGAUGAGUGUGAAACCAGUAUAUGCGUCCACGCCCGCUCCUGCCGCAACCUGAUCGGUGGAUACCUGUGUGACUGUCUUCCUGGAUGGACAGGGCCUAACUGUGACGUCAGAAACAGCAGCUGUGUUGGUCUGUGUCUGAACGGCGGACGGUGUGAGGACCAUGUGUCAGGAUCCAGAUGUUUGUGUCCGCCUGGAUUCUCGGGGAAACACUGCCAGAAUGGCUCACGUCCUUGUGACAGCGCCCCCUGCCUGAACGGAGGGCGGUGUGUGGAGAAGGACGGAUGGACCCACACCUGCAUCUGCCCAGCAGGAUAUUCAGGACACUCCUGUCAGAUUAUGAUGGAUCUGUGCAACCCUAAUCCCUGCCAGCAGGGUUUGCCCUGUCACAUUAUAGAGGGCAGGACAAUAUGCACUUGUCCUGAAGGUUACUAUGGUAACGAGUGCUUGAGCUUCCAAAAUCCCUGCAUUGGUCAUCACUGCCCAGGUGCCAUGUCUGACAUGACAAAAGGUGGCGUGAGCUUCUACAUGAUCCUGGUGGGGGUCGUAGCUUUAGUGAUGGUGUGCGGCUGCGCGAUCUGUGCCUUCGUCCUCUCCCACCUCCAUCGAAAGCGGAAAAAGCAGCAGGCCGUCCCACAGGAAGAAGGCAUCAACAACCAGAGGGAGUUCGUCAACCUCAUCAGGAACGUGGACCGUCCCGUACCCCUCGUACCUGCCGCCGCUGCACUUGCACACCCUCCGGCCGCCGCCCCCGUCUCGCGCUGCUAUGAGGAGAUUGAACUGACCCUGCCCCCCUCCCCCGCACCGUCGCACCCGUCUCCUGCCCUUAAGCCGGCCCACGUCCCCAAACUGGACAUUUCAAACCGGGAGAGGGAGAAGUUAAACCGCUUCCACCACACAGACAACCAGGAACUGGAGGUCUGACCCUUUCUCUGCUGGAACUUUUAUUUUAGCUUCUUGGCACCCUUUGCCCUUUAUCAUCAGAGGGAGUAAAGGCUGCUGAAUACACAAAUCAAAAGACUAUUUGUCACUAUGGUAAGAAGCAAAUGCAUGAAAUUUGACUGAAAGAAUCUUCAGACUUUUAAUCUGGACACUGAGCCUCGCCUUGGUUUGCCUGAGAUACUGUCGAGUUGAAUAGUGGCUCAUUCUUAGUAGGACCCUCUCGACGUGUUUCCUGGUCCACGUUGCCAUGUGGUUGGUGUUCAGACAGAAAGCGAUGAAUGGAUGCUUAUUUAACACUCUGUGUGUUUCCGUGUGGUGUUGUGAGUGACAGAGAGUAUGUAUUUUUACUGUGUGAGUGUACGUGGGAUUAAAAGGAGCGAGAAACAUUUGACUUUAGUUCAUUUACUUGUACAAAUGCACCUGAACGAAGGCUUUAAGCCUCCUGAAAAACUAUUUCAAACUAUACACUGUUGCCUGUAUUGACUCUGUAAUUCUACAGUUUUUCAAAGAUGUAUGAUUUUUUUCAUACCCGUGUGUAAAAUAGCUUUUGUAAAUAAAUAUAUUGUACAUAUUGAUGCCAUUUUUUAUUGUGGUUUGGUAUGAGAGUAUCUGUAUUGCUUUGCUUUGUGUGUCCAAUUCCACUUUCUGUCUUGAUGGACCUGUAAUAAAAGUGCAUUUACUAGCUA